GCCAAUUCCUCUGCAAGACUUGAGUUCUUGUUGAUCCAUCAGCACAAUGAUGAAGCUGUUUGCCUUUGGGCUUAUUCUGAUGAGCUCGGCAGUGUUUGCCCAGCCAGGUAACCGAAUCAUUGGCGGGUACAAUUGUGCAGACCGCCCUUUCCAGGCAGCAAUUGUGUAUGGAAGCAAAGGCAACAGGAACAUUUAUUGCGGAGGGGUCUUAAUCCAUCCUUGCUGGAUCAUGUCUGCUGCCCACUGCAAGCCCAAACCGAACAUGAAGGUGUGCCUAGGCAAGCACAACUUGAAGAAGGUAGAAAACACAGAGCAGUGCUUAGAUAUCCAAAAAGUCGUAAUACAUCCCAAUUACACAAGAAAGAACAACGACAAGGAUUUCAUGCUUCUUAAGAUAAACCCCUGUGCCAAAUGUGGUGAUGCCGUAAAGACCGCUCCUCUACCUUCCAAGUGCCCUGAAGAUAAUAUGCCAUGCACAGUGUCCGGCUGGGGUACCAUAAAAUCUCCUCAAGCAAAGCUUCCAGAGAACCUACAGUGUGCAGAUGUCCGCACUGUCCCCCAACAAACGUGCAAUCGAGCAUAUCGUGGUGCCAUCACGUCCCAUAUGAUUUGUGCUGGAGUCCCAGAGGGAGGCAUAGACUCCUGCCAGGGUGACUCUGGGGGCCCACUGGUCUGUGACGGGAAACUUCAAGGCAUAGUUUCUUGGGGGACCUACGUAUGUGCACAGAAAGGGAAUCCAGGAGUCUAUGCCAAAGUCUGCUGCGUUGUGCCGUGGAUCAAAGAUACAAUAAGCAAGCAGAGCAAAUGCUGACCCAAACAUACCAAGCAGGACUCUGGGGAGAAGAAAGAUCAA